AAUAAGUUUCCCUCGACUUGUAAACAAGUUUUAUAAAAAAAAUUCAUCUCAUGGUUUCUUUUUCUCAAAACACUUUUGAGGGAUCACUUGAUAAAAAUUUUGAUCAAUAUUUUGAUCAAACCUUUGAAAAUUUUUCAAUUCAUUACCUUUGAGAAUUUUUCCAUUCAAGUUCAGAUUUUUUUAAAAAUCCCUAAUUAAGAAACUUCCAUUGGACCGCUCAAAAUGAGAGUUUCUUAAUUAGAGUUCUUAAUCCUACUUAAAUACAUUUAAAAUAUUAAAUAAUCAUUAAAAACCCACUUAAGAAUCAUGGAAUAAUCAUGCUCUAAAUAUAACACUUUUAGAAUCACUAAAAACCCCAUAUGUGCCUCUUUGUUAUUGGUUAAAACAAUAAAGGAGAAAAUCUGACCUUCUCUUUCUUUCUCUUCGUUAAUGUCUUUUUUUUGUUUGGUCUGAGAAAUUGGUUCGUCGAUGUUCGUAGAUGUUUUGAAAAAUCUCUCCAAAUCAUCACACGAGAUCAACCGUUUGUUUGUUGGAUGAGAGAUGCUGAGCUUGGAUAAACAAAGGCCUGAAUCGUCAUCAUCGGAGGAGGCGCAAGCUGUGACUCCGUGGGUUGUCUCCGGUAAUGUCGAUCACGAGAAGGUGAUCGAAAAGUUCGGCUGCGAUAGGAUAGACGAGUGGCUGAUUGCUCGUGUCGAAAGACUCACCGCCAGUGCCGGUGCUGAUUAUUAUCUUUCAUCCUCCAAGAAAAACAGAGGGUGUUUGGAUCCAGAGGAAGCUAUUUUCAGAACGGGAGGAUGUGUCUGGUUUGCUGAUGGCUUCUAAGAUAUGUGGUGAGAGGUCUGGUCUCGCUGAGGAAGGCAUAGACUAUGCGAGGAGAAGCUUAGGCAACGAGUGCGUUCAGUUAGAUGGUGCAGCGCGUCUUGUUUUAGGCAUUGCACUCACCGAAAUCUUUGAUGUACUGAGACCGAGCAUGUAGCUAGGCUCUCCGAGGGGAUGCAGGCGCUGGAGUCUGCUGAUAUAACAGACCCGAGAGUCCUGCACCGUCUUGCGUUGGAGAACGCAGAGGAGAGGAAGCUGGAUUCCGCGUUAGCUUACGCUAAGCACGCGUUGAAGCUUGGAGCAGAGUCUGAUCUUGAAGUAUGGUUGCUUCUGGCUCGGGUUUUAUCUGCUCAGAAGCGGUUUUCAGACGCCGAGACUAUUGUUGAUGCAGCGCUUAACGAAACGGGGAAGUGGGAACAAGGGAAGCUGUUGCGUUUGAAGGAAAAGUUUCGUGUGGCUAAAGGAGAAGUCAAGGAUGCUAUUGUGACUUACACACAGCUUCUCGCACUCCUUCAAGUUCAAAGCAAAAGCUUGAGUUCUGCAAAGAAGAUGCCAAAGGGAUAUUAUGUAGAGGGAUGUCUCAUCAUUUCAGGGAGAUGUGUGUUGGAGACCAUCUUGCUGAUGGAAGCUAUGAAGAGCGGGAUGAUCCUGAUGGUGGAUUGGAAGAGGCUUAUCAGGUGACUCGUAGUGAGAUUCACUUUACAAUCUGUCUGCAGGUUUCUUCCUGUUCCAUUUGUUGAUACCAUCUGAUCAAACUUCUCAUCACGACUGUUUGUUCAUUCACAUCUUUGAUCAAACUUCAUGUCAUGUAUGCUUUUUUCAUCUUAUAAAUAAAACCUCAUUGAGGUUCUUCAAAUUUUUUUUUUUUUUGGGCUUAUUGUACUGAUGAUUUGCUAGGAUUUCAUUUUUUUCUCAAAUCUCACUUUAUUGGAUCUAUCAUUUAUGAAAAUAAUUUGGAGUUAUUUGAAAAUGAUUUAUAGUUGAAAUUUAAUGAACAUAAAUUCCAUGUCGUGAGUAGGUAUUUGAAAAUUUUAUCAGUUUUCUUUUUCUUCACUGAAUUUAGAAAACUUUUACUUUGCCCUCAGCCUUUGUUUCUUCCAGUGAAAAGCAAGAGAACUCAUUUCAGAAUUAUACUUGAGUAAAUGAAAGCGAUCAGGAAAAUUAAAGACUCAAAACAAAAGGCACAAAGAACAAAAAAAAUGAUAGUCUUAUCCGUUUCUGGGCUUUUUCAAGUUUCCGUUUCAGACGAAGCUGUAAGGCUUUAGCCGCCAGUUGAUUAACGCUUAGAGAUUCAAUACUGGUUUUGGUUUUUGAAGGGUCUUGCCCUUGGAGAGUGCAUCUUGGCUAAGCCGGCUCAUCUUGGAACUUCCCCGUUCACAAGCAUGAAACCCAAUCUUACCUCAACUCCCACUUGGCUCACCACAGCUAAGGUUCGAUCACAAGCAAGAGACGAGCCGGCCAGUACCAUCCGUCCGAGGCAAGACUGAACCGCGGAACGGCCAUCCGUCCGUCCGUCCGUCCGUCCGUCCGACCCUCCGACCCGUGCCUACAACAUUUUGGUAUCAGAGCUGAAGUUUCCUGCGAAACUCAGUUCUUUCUGAACCCUAGCCGUCACCAUUCAAAAAAAAAAAUAUUUACUUUCCUUAUUUUUUUAAAAAAAUUUUCGGAAUUGUUCUCCAAGUUUUUGAUCUUCCAUUUAAAAAAAAAAAAAUUAAUUACUUUCCUUAUUUUUAAAUUUUCGGAUUGUUUUCCAAGUUUUCAAAAAAAAAAAAAAAAUUCCCUUUCCUUUUUCAAACCUGAUUCGAUUUUGCCUUAACUUUUUUUGCAUUUACUCUUAGCCUUGGUCGAUACUCAAAGUAUCCGACCCAAGCAACUAUUUAACCCCCCCUCUUGCCUUUUAAUCUUUCUUUGAGUUUCUUCUCAGAGAACUAUGGGAGAUGUAGGUCAAGACCAAGCGGCCAUAAACGCUCAGCUCCUAGCUGACAAUGAGGAACUGAGGGCGAGCCUUAGGACUAUCACAGCCGAGCUUGCUCAGAUACGGCAGGGAGGCAGGCCCAACGGACCUCGACCACCAGGAAGGCAUCAGCCGGACCCGCAUGACACUGACUCGGACGCGGACAGUACCGAUGAUACGCGCAGUCAGGACGAGGAGAGGCCGAACCGGGGAGGUAGGAGGAACGCGCGAGGACCCCGGGCCCAAGUAGGAGGAGGCCGCGACCAUAGGGGAGGUCGAGACCGAGAGGAGGAAAAGCCUUGGUUGGGAGGCAAGGCGCUUAAGCUUCAUCCCCCAACGUUUGCCGGCAAGGUUGAUCCGGAUGCCUACAUCGUGUGGGAGAAGCGCAUGGAGUACAUCUUCGACUAUUAUCAAUAUAGUGAGGCCAAGAAGGUUGCCCUAGCAGCAGCCCAGCUGACGGACAAUGCUCUUUCGUGGUGGGAUCGAGACGUUGCUAAGUCCGGGCCAGUGUGGAGAGCGCGUAAUUGGACCGAGAUGCGGACUAAGCUUCGCGCGAGGUACAUUCCAUCUUACUACCAGCGUGAUGUGCUAAAACGUUUUCGUAAACUUACGCAGGGAACUAAGACUGUGGAGGAGUACUUUGAGGAGUUCGAGGCACUUAGGAAUAAGCUUGAGACCGACGAGCCCGAGGAGACAAUGAUGUCCCAAUUCCUGGAAGGGCUGCAAGACCGCAUUGCCCGCAAGGUGGAGAGACAACACUAUGAAGACUUCAACGAUCUAUUGCACUUUGCUACGCAAGCCGAGCAGCACAUCAAGCGCAAGACGGCCAGUACCAGCCGCAGCAAACCUGCUUGGACGCAACCGGGUUCAAAGCAUGGCGACAAGGGCAAGACGAUUGAGAUUGAGAGCCGAUUCAAGACAAACCAGGCUGAAUCGUCUAAUGCAUCUAAGCCGGAGCAGGGUAAGACUCAAGCCCAAAAUUUGCGUACUCGUGACAUCAUUUGUUAUAAGUGUCAGGGCAAAGGCCACUACGCUCGGGAUUGUCCAAACAAACGAGUGAUGGUCCUAAAGGGGGAUGGCGAGUAUGAAUCCCAAGAUGAGGCAGAGGCCGCGGCCGCGAUCUCUGAUGAAGAAGUAACCGACUACCCGGAGACAGGCGAGCUGCUAGUGACCCGGAGAGCUCUUAGCACCCUCUUUGACCCAGAGACCAUCCAGCGGGAGAACAUCUUCCACACCAGAUGUAGUGUUGAUCACAAGGUAUGUAGUUUGAUCAUAGAUGGCGGAUCUUGUACUAACGUGGCUAGCAAGUAUCUUGUUGAUAAGCUAGGGUUGGUCAAAACUGCCCAUCCUCGACCAUACCGUCUCAAAUGGCUCAAUGAUGAGACUGAGCUCAAGAUUGCCGAACAAGUUGUUGUGUCCUUCAGUAUUGGCAAGUACCAAGACCAGGUCAAGUGUGAUGUUGUGCCCAUGCAAGCCGGCCAUAUACUUCUCGGAAGGCCGUGGCAGUUUGACAAGGAGACACUUCACCAUGGCCGCACCAACAUCUACAGUUUCGUCCACAACAACAAGAAGCACAGCCUAGCACCUCUCAGCCCUCAAGAAGUUCAUGAUAUGCAGAAGGCAAUGACGCAGUCCGGCCAGGUAAGUAACACUAACCUUUACAUGACUUCCGGACAAGUGCUUAAAUCAUUACAACGUGAGACACAGGUGCUACUAAUGAUCUUUAAGGAAGGUUGUUUUGCAGGUUUAGAAGCUCCUGAAGUACCGGACGUAGUAGAAGACCUCAUGGGACGUUACAAGGAUGUCUUCCCUGACGAGAUCCCUGCCGGCUUACCCCCUAUCCGUGGCAUAGAACAUCAGAUCGAUCUUGUACCCGGCGCGCCACUACCAAACCGAGCCGCUUACCGUGUCAACCCUGAGGAAGCUAAGGAGCUGGAACGGCAGGUCCAAGAUCUCAUGGACAAAGGCUACAUCCGCGAGAGCCUUAGCCCCUGUGCAGUCCCGGUCCUACUAGUGCCUAAUAAAGAUGGGACAUGGCGCAUGUGUGUGGACUGCCGAGCCAUCAACAACAUAACCAUCAAAUAUCGGUACCCUAUACCUAGAUUAGAUGAUAUGCUGGAUGAACUGAGUGGGUCUGUUGUGUUUUCUAAGAUUGAUCUCAGGAGUGGAUACCAUCAAGUCCGCAUGAAGGAAGGAGAUGAGUGGAAAACCGCCUUCAAGACCAAGCAAGGUCUAUACGAGUGGCUGGUGAUGCCGUUUGGCCUUACCAACGCCCCUAGCACCUUCAUGAGACUCAUGAAUGAGGUCCUCCGACCUUACAUUGGUAAAUUUGUGGUUGUAUACUUUGAUGAUAUCUUGAUUUACAGCAGGUCUUUAACUGAACACAUGGGACACCUAGAACAGGUUUUGAAAGCCUUAAGGCAAGAAGGCCUUUAUGCUAACCUUAAGAAAUGUGUAUUCUGCACUGAUCAGUUGGUAUUUUUAGGCUUUGUUGUGAGUUCACAGGGACUGAAGGUUGAUGAGGAGAAGAUCAAGGCCAUACAAGACUGGCCGACCCCAACCACGAUCGGACAUAUCCGCAGCUUCCAUGGACUAGCCAGUUUCUACCGACGAUUUGUGAAGGACUUCAGUACCAUUGCCGCCCCAAUGACCUCCGUGAUCAAGAAGAAUGUAACCUUUGCUUGGGGUCCUGCCCAAGAGGAGUCUUUCAACAGGCUUAAAUAUAGUUUGACACAUGCACCGGUUCUAACUCUUCCUAACUUUGAUAAACCUUUUGAGAUUGAGUGUGAUGCUUCAGGGACAGGGAUAGGGGCCGUACUGACCCAAGGAGGCCGGCCAGUGGCUUUCUUCAGUGAGAAAUUGAGUGGAGCCGCCCUCAAUUACCCCACCUAUGAUAAAGAGCUAUAUGCUCUAGUAAGGUCGCUCGAAACUUGGCAACAUUAUCUUUUGUCUAAUGAGUUUAUUAUUCAUACAGAUCAUGAGACUCUUAAGCAUUUGAGGGGCCAGACCACACUCAAGAAGAGGCAUGCCAGGUGGCUGGAGUUCGUGGAAACUUUUCCUUAUGUGAUCAAGUACAAGAAGGGAAAGGACAACGUAGUGGCCGACGCCCUAUCCCGGCGCCACACACUCAUUACCACCAUAGAGGCUAAGAUCAUGGGUUUUGAGCAACUCAAAAUGUCUUAUGAAACUGACCCUGAUUUUUCUGAGCUUUACAGUAACACGGGUCCAUUCUAUCAGCAGGACGGGUUCCUCUUCAAGGAAAAACGCCUGUGUAUCCCUCAUGGUUCCAUGCGAGAUUUACUGACCAGAGAAGCUCAUGGGGGUGGAUUGAUGGGGCAUUUCGGUCGGGACAAAACUCUGAGCGUCCUGUCCGACCACUUCUAUUGGCCCCGGAUGAGGCGCUACGUCGAGAGCCUUUGCGCCAAGUGCACUGUCUGUCUCAAAACCAAAUCCAGGUCGCAUCCUUAUGGUUUACACAUGCCUUUACCUAUUCCUAUUGCACCGUGGGUCGAUCUGUCUAUGGACUUUGUGCUGGGCUUGCCCAAGAUAGAACACAAGGAUUCUAUUUUUGUUGUAGUGGACAGGUUCUCCAAGAUGGCACACUUCAUUCCGUGUUCCAAGACCAAUGAUGCAAGCCAAACCGCUGAUCUCUUCUUCAAGGAAGUGGUGCGUUUACAUGGAGUGCCUCGUACCAUUGUGUCCGACCGAGACACAAAAUUUCUCAGCCACUUCUGGAGGACAUUAUGGAAAAAGCUUGGAACCAAGCUCCUUUUCUCGACCACUUGCCAUCCACAGACUGAUGGACAGACCGAGGUAGUAAACCGUACACUCUCUCAGUUAUUGAGGGCUACGGUGGGUAAGAAUCUUAAAAACUGGUUGAGUUGUUUGCCUUUCAUUGAGUUUGCCUAUAACCAUGCAAGGCACUCUAUUACUAACCUCUCCCCUUUUGAGAUCGUGUAUGGCUUUAGACCAGAGACGCCCAUGGACCUAGCCGCAUUGCCACCAGCCAUGCAAGUCAGCCAGAGUGGUGACAAAAAGGCUGAGUUUGUGAAGAACAUGCACCGGCAAGUCAAGGAGACUUUGGAGAAGAAGGCUGAAAGGAACCGGAUUAAGCUCAACAAGGGGCGCACAGAAGUUAUCUUCCAGCCAGGCGAUUGGGUGUGGCUCCACAUGAGGCCAGAACGGUUUCCGGAAGAGAGGAAGAGCAAAUUAUCCCCACGAGGGGACGGACCAUUCCGAGUGCUCGAUCGGAUCAAUGACAAUGCCUACCGGCUAGAACUGCCAGGUGAGUUCCAAGUUUCCCGAAUGUUCAAUGUGUCUGACUUGUCUCCUUAUAUUGCAGAUGACGGAGAUGUUCUGAGGACAGAACCUGUUCAAGAGGGAGGGGAUGUUGUAGUACCCACGACUGAGGUUCCCAUUAUCCGCAAAGGCCCUACCACAAGGUCCGGUUCAAGAGUUAUAAGAGCUGGAUUUGCCAAAGCUGUCCAGGAGCUGCUUGCACAGGAACAAACCGGGUUCAAGCAACUAUUGAUCCAGGAGUUGUCUGACUUGAAGCUUGAAGACACCAGUGAACCACUAGAGGUUCCAGACCCUGUCCAUUCGAGCCAGUUCUCCUCCAUCGGCCAGAAUGAAGCCGGCCUGACCAUUUCCACCUUCAUACUCAAUCCAUCCAACCAACUUGCUUCCGGUUCAGAGAUAUAGCCAACCAUCAGAAGGAGUAGUAUGUGUUGUACUCUUUUUCCUUAUCGAGGUUUUGUCCCACUGGGUUUUCCCGAAAGGUUUUAAUGAGGCAACAAGCAAGCAUACUAUGAGUUCUGAUCCGGACAUCUCAAACCGCGACCGGUCUAUUGUUUUCUUUAUUUUUAUUUCGGUUAAGACCUUGGCCAUUUGUCUAGGCCCUUUUUUAUCUUUAAGUCCAGUAAGGAACAUCUAUUUAAACCCUUGUAGUUGCCAACUUUUCGGCUAAGUCUUUUAUGAAAUCGUUUUUGCUUUAGCAAAGAAACCCUAAGUCUUUCAGUUGUGUGAAACAUUGAGAGCAGCCGUGUGACAUAUCAAAGAGCCGAUCCAUUGUUCUUUGUGGCGUCCUUCGAUCCAUUCCAUUCCUUGUCCGAAUCUUGAGAGAGACACACGUCCAACAAGAGCCGGAUCCAUAUCUAUCUUCUUAACCGCCCUAGGCAUCUUGCUGAGAGAGACAUACGUCCAGCAGCAGAUCCCAUCCGCCAAUCUCCUCUCUUCUCUAUCUUUUGUUUUAGAUUUCAUUCAACCAAUUCCAUAAACAAAACCAAAAGAAUCAUAACUUGUUUCUGUUCUACAUCCUGUUGAAAACUCACUAAAAGUUCCUAUCUGUUUCAGGUUCGAUCACAAGCAAGAGACGAGCCGGCCAGUACCAUCCGUCCGAGGCAAGACUGAACCGCGGAACGGCCAUCCGUCCGUCCGUCCGUCCGUCCGUCCGACCCUCCGACCCGUGCCUACAACACCUUUUCACAUACU